GGACUGUGAUUGCCAAAAUGGAAAUUCCACCUCUCGAUUUUCACGUUUAUCUUCACAUCCUGUCUUUGUCUAUGAUCGGAGAAAGCUGCAGACGCUGUGAGGUGAGGAGAGUUGGGAGUGAAGAUGGCGGCAGAGUGUGAAGCCAUAGGGGUGGUUGGCGGCGGCCAAAUGGGCUCUGGAAUAGCUCAACUCGGCCUCGUCCACGGCCUCCACGUCUACCUCUCAGAUUCCGACCCGGAGGCCCUCGCCAGAGCCUCCAAGUCCAUUUCCUCUUCAAUUCAACGAUUGAUCUCCAAAGGCAACCUCUCCGAGGCAGAAGGUAGCGCUGCCCUGCAGCGUCUUCACUGUACCUCAUCGCUGGAAGAGAUGAAUGGGUGCGAUGUCAUCAUUGAAGCGAUCGUGGAAUCUGAAGAGGUCAAGAAGAAGCUGUUCGUUGAGCUAGACAGGAUCGCGAAGGCUCCUGCGAUUCUAGCAUCGAACACGAGCUCCAUCUCCAUCACUCGUCUAGCCUCUGCUACUAAGCGACCUGCCCAGGUUAUUGGGAUGCACUUCAUGAAUCCUCCGCCUGUAAUGAAACUUGUUGAGAUCAUACGAGGUGUGAACACAUCAGAUGAAACAUUUCUCGCCACGAAAGCAUUGGCUGAAAGGUUUGGAAAGACGGUUAUAUGCUCACAGGACUAUUCGGGAUUCAUCGUGAACCGGAUUCUGAUGCCAAUGAUAAACGAAGCAUUCUAUGCCCUCUUCACCGGGGUCGCAACCAAAGAAGACAUUGAUACAGGGAUGAAGCUGGGGACGAACCACCCGAUGGGCCCACUUGAGCUCGCAGACUUUAUUGGGCUCGACGUCUGCCUCUCGAUAAUGAGAGUUCUCCACUCAGGCCUAGGAGGCAGCAAAUACGUCCCCUGCCCUCUUCUGGUUCAAUACGUUGACGCAGGCCAGCUUGGGAGGAAACAAGGCCUCGGAGUUUACGAUUAUCGAAAAUCGCCUGGACCAACCAAACCAAAUUCUCGACUUUAGAGCUUUACAUGUUACAGUACCUAAAACAACAAUGCUUUUGCAGAUAUUUAUUAAUACUUGUAGCGAUGGAGGAUUUGUCUGCUCGUCUAUGUACGUGAGAGGCAGCCAUUGUGGAAGUCCUGGUAAGCUGUCCCUUUCUGGGUGAUCAUUUUUCUGCAUAUAUAUAUAUAUAUGUAUGUAUGUAUGUAUGUAUGUAUUUAUAAAGAGAUGCUGUAUAUGAAUAAUGAGGGGACAUGAGAGCGGCCCCAUGGAUUGAAAAUCA